UUCAGCAGUCAGAGAGAGCCCACAACAGUAUGUACGAUAAUACACAAAAGUAAAUGAUAACCUGUGCAGUGUGCGUCGUACCUUGACAGUACUUGCAUGCCGUGUUUUGCUGAUAUCAGCACUUUUAUAGCACGGGGACAAUACUUAUCUCAACGGCCUCCUACCUGUCGAUCUACCCCAUCAUCUUUCGACCUGUGUGUGUUUGUAAAUUAAACUCCAGUGGCAAUUUUCGGCAGUUCUGAUAUAGUUGAAACCAACGAAAGUACAAUUGUAAUCAGUGAGUUUGCAAUUUUUUAUUUUAUUUUUUUUUUUAUUUUGUGCCUGCGAUCAUCGACAGCACCAGCAGAGAGAAAGAGUAUAGGACGCGUCGGAGUCGAGAAGAGUAGAAGCCAGUCCACGGGAAAAGUGUAAAGCAUAACUCGCGAGAGACACGACGCGUCCAAAGAGGUGGGCCAGGGGAGGAUGGGGCUCGAGAUUAUUGCACGAGAGGAGGAGCCCGUAGGCUGUAGCUGCUGUGCCGUCGUCGUCGUCGUGUGAGAGGUAUCUGCUCUCUCUCGAAAAAAGAUUUAAAAAAAAAAAAAAAAAACCGGGGAGGACGGCGAAGAGUAUGUAAGAAAGAAUUAAAAAGGAGAAGAGAACAGAAGAAGAGUGUGCAGGAUAUCGCGUGUGGGUAUACGCCACUACCACCAUCGUGCACGUAAACACCGUUCGGAGGAGAGGAAGGGAAGAAUAAAAAAAAAAAAAAGCUCGCUGUCUUUCCUCGUCGUCGUUGGAGUUGGAACCUGCGCGACGAGAACUCACGGUGUAGGAGAGAUACAUGCACGACGACGACGACGACGACGACGGGGUACAGAUGCCGAGAGAUAGGAUGCACGGGCACGCAGAAAGGAGUUGAAGAACCAUGAAUUCACAAUAGAAUAGUGGCAUGAGUCGUUUAAUCUAUGGCAGAUCAACAAGAUCAUUUGUCGUCCGGGGGGUCUGUAGCGAAGGCUUCAGCAGACACCUCUAAGUCUAAGGGGAAAAGCUCGAGCAGUGGUGGAAGUAGCGGGUUCAGAAAACGUCACAACAGCAACACUGUACAAGUCACUCUUGAAGAGAAAAAACGCAGACAAGUUGCUGGUGACCCGCACCCCCAGCAGGCACUAAAUAAUAAAAAUCAGCGUCCUGUUGAAAAUACUAAAGGAGAAGGAAGAUUGAGGAAUGAGCGUAGAAACAAUGGAGCUGGUCUAGAAUGCUUGUUCGAUACAGAUUGGAGACAGCAGCAGCAGCAAAGAACGCACCAGACUAAUUACAGCUCUACUGGUAACAGCACAAGAGCACGCAGCUCGAAAAACAAUAAUCACUCGUCCGAAUUAAAUUUGGCGCCGAUUGAUUGUGUGGCCUCACGCACUCGAUCCCACACUCCUCAAAAUCGACAGAAUAACUAUCUUAUCAACAAUCAAGUACCCGAACUGAAUAGUGCCUGUGAUUCGUCUUCGUCAAUCUCGUUGCAAGUUAGCAAUCACAGGAGCAGUAGUAGCAAAAAGCCCGCCCAUCACUUGCUGUAUAAUACUAAUUCAAAUACUGUGGUCACGGGUCAUCCUUUAUCAUCCAGAAGUAAUAGAGGCACAAAGAUGAGCGAAUGUCUGGAAGGAUUCGUGUCCGCUGUCAAAGCGCUUUUUCCGAUAUCAGCGCAAACCUAUCAUCAGGAAGGCUCAAAGGGCGUUCAGGGUGGCAGCAGUUGUAACGUCAACGGAAGCUCGAGCUCGUCCACGCUCGGCAGCAACAGUGCCAGCAGUAGCAGCAACAACAGCGUCGUCAUUGUCGGUGGCAGUGGCAACGGAGGCGGAGGCAGCGGUGGUUAUCAUCAGACGCUGGGUGCCAAGGCCAGCAUCAGAGUGGGUAACACGGCCAGCAACUCCUCGGCGGAGAGCGGUGGUGGCGGCGGGGCCUCCUUGCACGCGGCUGCGGCGGUGCACGAGGCUGCCGGGCUAGCUGCAGCCAAUUCUGGCAGCGGCUACCCCAGCCAUCAUCACCACCAGCAGCAGCAACAACAACAACAACAACAACAACAACAGCAACAACAACAACAACAACACCACCAACAGUCGCAGCCACAGCACCACCACCACCAUCAUCACCACCAUCACGCCGUCCCGAGUAGUAGUAAUAGUAUUGGCAACAGCAGCGUAGCCGUCGUCGCGGCCACUGCUGCCACAUCGUCGUCGGUUUCCUCCUCCACGUCGUCCUCAGCGGCAGUUGUAUCGCAGCAGCAGCAUCAUCAUCACCAUCAGACGUUCAGUAGCAACGCGACGCUAGCAGCCAACUUGGCCGCUGCAGCCGCGGUGCUCAGCAGUACGUAUCAACAGCCGCCCCUGCACAAACAUCUGCUGCGCUCACGGGUCAAGCUUGGUAACGAUCACGUCAAGGAGCUCGGCCAGGCAUCCGGAAAAUCCCAGGGCAAGUACCACAAGAAGGACAGCUCGUCCAGCUCUGCUUUUAGACACCGUUCCUCAUCACGGGCUCGGAAGUCAACGCUCGAGAGCAGUGCCGGAAGCGGAGCGAUCAGUGCCGGGCUCGGUUCCAGCGGUGGCAGCCACGGUAUGUCAAGUAGCGACCCGUUGUCGAGCAAUACUGGCGCCAUUGGUAGCAACAACAUGGGUGGAGCCGGAAGUGGAGUACCACCAAGUUCCUCAUCGAUUUCCUCAUCGUCCUCCUUAGCAGGAGGUGCAUCGUCUAUGACGCCACUGCCAGCACCGCCUGCGCCGGAUGACGAUUCUAAUUCUCAAGGCAGCGGCACGGGUACUGUGAGCGCUGGUGCAGCUAGUGGAGGUCCCUCUGGACUGGCAAGCGGUGGUGCUGCCGCGGCAGCUGCUGCUGCUGCCGCGGCCGCCGCUGCAGCCGCUGCCGCAGCCGCUGACAGUGAGAGCGAUGACGGCGAGGUUGGCCAACUACAGGCACUGCUGGAAGCCAGAGGUUUGCCUCCACACGUGUUUGGUGCACUCGGGCCCAAAAUGCAGCAUCUGCUCAACCGGAGUAUGGGGAGUAUGGGAGCUAGCUCGGCACAUUUAGCCGCAUUGUACACUACAGUUUCAGCUGCGAAAGCUCAGCAGCUUUUGACGGGCCUGCAAGCCGAUGAUGAAGGCGAACAGCUCCAAGCUGUCAUUAGCAUGGGUGAGAUACUUGUGAUGGGCAACGAGGAUACGCUCACGGGUUUCCCGGUAAAGCAGGUCGUUGCUGCGCUCAUCAAUCUUUUGAGUAUUGAGCACAAUUUCGUGAUAAUGACGCAUGCUUGCCGAGCACUGACCUACAUGAUGGAGGCGUUGCCGCGCUCUUCGACCGUCGUCGUCGAUGCAGUACCCGUCUUUUUACAAAAGCUCGAGUCGAUCGAGUGCAUGGACGUUGCCGAGCAAUGUCUCACGGCACUCGCCAUGCUCUCGCGUAGACACAGCAAAACUAUUCUCCAUGCGGGCGGUGUGUCGGCGUGUUUAAAGUUCGUUGAUUUCUUUAACAUUACCGCACAGCGCGCAGCCCUAACGAUCACAGCAAAUUGCUGUCAGAACCUGCAUCCUGAUGAUUUCCAUCUCGUCACGGAGAGUCUGCAACUUCUCACCAGCAGAUUGACUAACCAGGACAAGAAGAGCGUCGAGUGUGUGUGCCAAGCGUUCAGCCGGCUGAUUGACAGUUUCCAGCAAGACGAGGUGAUGCUAUACAAAAUAGUGAAUACCGAGCUCUUGCAAAAUCUUCAACAGCUGCUGAUGAUCACGCCACCGGUGAAUAGCGUUGGCAACUUCAUCACUGUACUGAGAAUGCUGUCUGUGAUAUCGAAUCGCUGCUCUGACCUUGCGAUACUGCUGCUCCAGCAGAACAUAGCAUUUACCUUGAGUUAUCUGCUGACCGGCUCGCUGGACGUAAAAAUAGAGGAUGUCGAACUCGUACCGCGUUCGCCGCAGGAGCUCUUCGAAAUAACUUGUCUGAUCGAGGAGCUGAUGCCGCCACUGCCGACAGACGGCAUCUUCAAUGUAGAUAGUUUACUCGAUAGAUCGAGCAGUCAACAAGAAACAGUGCAAUGGGAGUGGCGCGAUGAAAGACAGUGCUGUCAUCCAUUUAGCGCCAUUGACUCGAGAAUAAUUGAGAUGGCAUUUCAAAAUGGAGAAGAUGAAAUUUGUCUAUCCACUCUUGGACGAACUUACACCAUAGAUUUAACUGUGAUGAAACAAAUCAAUGAAGAUUUAGGAGUCGCGAGAAGUAUAUUCCGUAGAGUAAAUACUCAGCCCACUGAAGGUGAUAAUGCACAGUCGUCAUCAAAUGGCCCGUGCGUUGUACCUCAGAUGAUAAAAAUUAACGAGUGGGUUGUGAGCUUUAUACGAACAUUGUUUUCGGUGUUAUAUGAAGUCUACAGCAGUUCGGCCGGGCCAGCAGUUAAAUGUAAAUGUUUACGAGCGUUACUGAGAAUGCUGUAUUACUCUUCGAGUGAUCUUCUAAAAGAAAUGUUGAAAAAUCAAGUAGUUUCGUCUCACAUUGCGGGUAUGCUGGCUUCACAAGAUUUGAGAAUAGUCAUUGGAGCUCUGCAGAUGGCCAACAUUCUAAUGACUAGGUUACCUCAAGUAUUCCGAGUUCAUUUUCAUCGUGAGGGAGUUUUACAUCAAGUACGUCAACUAGCUGAUCCAGAUAUUCCUCUUGGAGUAUCGCCACCCAAGUGUCCUUCUGGUGCAUUAUCAAGUCCCCAACCAGGACCAUCAAACACUCCUCUAUCUUCCAUCGCGACGUUGUCGUCCAGCAGUGCUACAUCCCCCAUUGCUUCACCCACAACAAAUGGUAAUAUAAUGUUCGGUGCUGUUGCCACAAGCCAAAUGAAGCCAAAUGUCGCUGCCACAAUGGAAACUCGCAGUCGAACCGACAUGAACGUCAAUAUAGAGGACGCAUCCGCCACACCACCUAAUGCUCACCUAAAUGAUAAAACUUACAGAAGGAUUGGCGAUGUACUAAAAAGAAAACGACAGAACAAAAAGGGCAAGUUCCAGAGAUUGGCGAGUACUACACCUCAGCAGCCAUUGCCACAACAGCAGCAGCCUCAACAACCACAACAGCAACAGCCAGCGGAACAGUCACAAUUUGCUGUAUUCGCAUCGAAAAAUAGUAGCCGCUUCUUGGGCAACCUGAACCCCGCACGUUGGGGAAAAAAAUCCUCAUCACCAAGCAAUACGAGUGAUAAACGCGACUCGAGCUCUUCAUCCAGUCUGUCCAAGCCUUCUAGCAAUCAGAGCCUAACCGGCAAUAACCGUGAGAAAGCCAAGGCUUGGGUACGUGAAGAAGCCCAGCAGUUCUUAAUCAGGUAUCAGCUCGACUCACCAUGUACGCACCCCGCCCUUACCGUGCUGUCAAGACUUACCGCAGCUAUUCAACGUCUACAGUCCAAUGAUAUGGAAGAAGUGUACUCAGCUCUUACUGAACUUCGUGAUGUUGUUCUGGAAAGUGAUAUUUCGCCGUUUGAAAUGAAUCACAGUGGUCUGAUCAAAGCUUUGCUCAACUUCCUCACUACGUCAGAGGGAUCUGGAAAUAGAUACGAUCGCCUUAGGAUGUUUUGGAAAUUGUUUGCCGAAUCUACAUUACAAAGAGAUCCAUCAAACUACAGUCCGGGAGCGUUUGGUGCUCUUGUGUCUAAAUUAAGUAGUUGUGUGUCUCAAUUAGAACAGUUCCCAGUCAAGGUGCAUGAUCUCCCCGCAGGAUCUGGAGCUGGUAGAGGUGGGACUAGUGCUUUGAAAUUUUUCAAUACACACCAACUUAAGUGUAAUCUUCAACGUCACCCUGACUGCAAUAAUCUUAAACAGUGGAAAGGUGGAACUGUAAAGGUGGAUCCAUUAGCUCUGGUUCAAACUAUAGAGCGCUACUUGAUGGUUCGGGGAUACGGUCGGAUUCGCGAUGCUGAUUCAAUGGUCAGCGAUGAUGACAACAGUGAAGAUAAUGUAACUGAAACCUUCGCUGUUGAAACAAAUCAUGGUUCGGUGAAGCACAAGUUACAAUUCAUAAUUGGAGAAGAGAUUUUACCAUUCAAUAUGACUGUUUAUCAAGCCGUAAGGCAGUUCAGUUGUCCCGGAAUCGAUCACUCAGAGACCGAUGCAGACAGUGAACCACCUCUUGGUCAUGAUGCAGUUUGGGUCCAAACACACACUAUAUACUACAGGCCAGUACCAGAAGAAGAAUUAUCUGCAUCUUCAAAGCCUGGUUCAAGCUCGCAAUCUAGCAGUCGUAAGGGAAAGGGAAAGAGUACAAAAAUAAGCUCAAAGAGGAAGGAGGACUGUUUGUGGCUGGAAGGGACGAUACCCCAGCAGCGUUGUCCACUUUCGCCAUAUUUGUUCCCAAGCUUGUCGCCUGUGGUCAGCAUCAGUGAUGCAUCCCUUGACGGUUUAUGCCUGUCGCGUCUCUUGUACGCCAUGAAUCGCUCCUGGAGCGUUCUAUUCCCGCAUACCAAGAGCUUUAGCCUACUUACGCCACAUGAUUUUAUUAACAGUAAAAUCGCGGCUAAAGCCAGCAGACAACUGCAAGAUCCGCUUGUUAUUAUGACAGGCAAUCUUCCAUCAUGGUUGCAACAAAUUGCUUCAGUGUGUCCAUUUUUAUUCCCAUUCGAGACAAGACAACUACUAUUCUACGCGACGUCUUUUGAUCGUGAUCGAGCUCUACAGCGUCUUCUCGAUUCAGCACCAGAAUUAAGUGGCUCUGAUAGCCAAGAGCGCGUGACACCGAGACUGGAUAAGAAAAAACGAACAAUUUCGAGAAGUGAUAUUCUUAAGCAAGCUGAACAAGUUAUCCAAGAGUUGGCGUCGUCUAAAGCUCUGUUGGAAGUGCAAUAUAACAAUGAGGUUGGAACUGGUCUUGGACCUACCCUAGAGUUUUACGCCUUGGUAUCUCAAGAACUGCAGCGCGCUGACUUGGAAUUAUGGCACGGUAGUUUGAGUCCUACGGAACAAGGAUAUGUAAAUACGGUACAAGGACUAUUUCCUGCACCAAUCCCAUGGAACACGAAAGCUUCACAUCUCACUAAACUAAAGACUAAAUUCAAGUUUUUGGGAAAAUUCAUGGCUAAAGCGAUCUACGAUUCGAGGAUGUUGGAUCUCCCAUUCAGUUUAACCUUCUAUCGUUGGCUAUUGGGUGAAGAAUAUGCACUUACUUUGGCGGAUCUCGCUUAUGUUGAUCAAGAUGUGUAUCGUACGCUUUGUAAAUUACAAGACACAGUGAGACGGAAAGAGAUUAUAGAGCGCGAUCAGAAUUUAAGACACAACGAAAAAUCUCUGCUUAUAGAGGCGCUAGAUUUAGAUGGCUGUCAUAUAGCCGACUUAGGAUUUGUUUUCCAACUACCCGGCUACGACAAUAUUGAGUUAAGAAAAGGCGGUAGCGAUAUCAACGUUACAAUUCACAAUGUCGAUCAAUACGUAAAGCUGGUGGUUCAUUGGUAUCUCUACGAAGGAGUCUUCCGGCAAAUGGAAUCUUUCCGAGAAGGUUUUGAGUCUGUUUUCCCACUCGCCCAAUUACGUCUAUUCUUCCCUGAAGAAUUAGAAGCCGUGUUCUGUGGUCACUCACAAACGGGAGGAAAGUGGGACAUUAAGACGUUAUCCGAUUGCUGUCGAACCGACCACGGUUACACGCCAGACUCACGAGCUAUACGUUUCUUGUACCACGUCAUGUCUGAGUAUAACAGUGAAGAGCAAAGACAGUUUAUCCAGUUUGUCACUGGCUCUCCAAGGUUACCUGUUGGUGGUUUUAAGAGUUUAACGCCACCUCUUACAAUAGUACGGAAAACAUUCGACGUGUCCUCGAAAUCGGACGAAUUCUUACCAUCCGUUAUGACAUGUGUCAACUACUUAAAACUGCCUGAUUAUUCAACUUUGGAAAUAAUGCGAGAAAAGCUUAGAAUAGCUGCUCAAGAAGGCCAACACUCGUUCCACCUGUCCUAGAGAUGGACGAGCAAGAAGCAACAGUUUUUCUUUUUUUCUUACUCCCAGCUCGGUUUGAUGUCACAAAAUCGCAACAAGCAAUAUAAAUUUGUCGAAACAACUCGCAUACCUGAAAAUACUAAUAUUCAUACGAGUAGCUGAAAAAUUCUUGUUUUUUUUUUUUUUUAAUACUUAUUUAAACAUUUCAUAAUAUUUUCCAUGCCAAUUCAGCAUUCAUUUUUUUUGUACGCCUUAACAAUUUGGAGUUGUGAUAAACAAUAAUUUUUAAUUAAAAAUAAAUGAAGUGAGAAUAAUGUUUUAAUGCCAGAAUGCAAGCUAAAAAAAUUGAAAAUUACUGAUCUGACUUAUUUCCUUAAGCAGGAGUAAAAAAGAAGUAGAAUCUGCUGCGAGUAAAAAAAUAAAGAAAUAAAAAAGAAAGAAAAUGAUAUAAGCGUUGUACAUAUAAAGUUUAAUUAUCUCGAUAUAGUUUGAUAUACACACGUCUAUAUAAAUACUUUAUAUAAUAGCGAACGAAAAGUUUGAUUUAAAAAAUAAAGUAUAAUAAAAAGAUACCAUUCUAAUAAUGAACCAAUACUACAAUUGAAAAGACGUUCUGCCUAGGUGUAACAUAAAAAAAAAAAUUUUAUAUAAAUAUAUAUAUCAUCGAUGCAACUCGCGUGUCUCCGUGUAUGACAAAGAUUUCACCCAUCUCUCCCAGCCCUGCUGCUCUCGUCGAGCCGAUCGUUGUUGGUGUAAGAACGAGCUCGCGUUUUUCGUGGUGAGAAGCAAAUAUAUUAUAAUGAAACAAAGAAUGAAUCACAAGGCGUGUGCUACAUCGAGUUAGUACAUAAUUUCGAUAAAUAAAAAGGGCUUUGGUGAAAACCCAAGCCUAAACGUAUGUAACAUUAAGUAUAUUGACAGUGAAAGAUAUCGUGUCUCUUGUUCGUUGUUUUCUUUAAUUUUUUUUCUUCAUCCUUUUCAUUUUCUUUUUAGUAACAGAUCUCUCGCGUAUAAAGCCGGUGCUGCUUUGGUCAAGCGAGCAAAGGAUAUACGAAUUUGUAUACAUACUUGAGCGCACGAAGUGCAUUGUUCAUCACAAUGUUUAUCAUUCUGCGUGUCGUCUCAUGAUUAUUUGAUACCUCUUGUAGACGGAUAGUUUUUAUUAUUUAGUUGUGUAUUAAGGGUGCAGCCAGCAUCACCAGACCACAAGUUUCGUAUUGAGCUUUAUCGAGACAUUUUAUUGUAAAUGUUUUUUUGUUUCAUUUUUAAUAUUGUCAUAAUUUAAUAUUGAUUUUUGAUUUUUGUUUCAAUGUAUAACUAGUAUUUACGUCCAUAACAUUCAAAGGAGUUUCAAAUAUCAUUUCAUGUAAAAAAUUUUGAAUCCAUUGUAAUAAAGAGCAACAUUGCAGUUUACACCUUACAUUAUGGUCUGAUGGUGAAUAACGGAGUGAACAACACUUUGUAAAGCCAUUAAUUAUUUUUAUUACAUUUUGAUUAAGAGAAUCGUUACGAAAAAAAAGUACACAGUUAUGUCAAAAGAAUUGGAAUCGUGCAAACGAAAGAGACAAGUGAUACGCGCGAUCGUUGUGCGAAAAAAGUUAACUUAGUUACAGUAAAAAAAUAAGUCUUAAGAUCCAUCAUUAAGUGCGUAUUGGUUCUAAGUGGUGAUUCACACACAAAAUUUUCUUAUUUAACACAAACUGUAUUUAUAUGAAUUCUUUUAUCUUUUUCAUUUUAUUUAGCAAAAAUUGGGUUUUUAUGACAUUUUAUUCUUUUCAUCAAAAAAUGGAAUUAAAAAAUGUAAGAAAUACAAUACAAAAUUUUUCGUAAAUAU